AUGGGGCCGCCAUGUUACCCAGACAACCACACCGGCUUUACGGUGGAGCAGCAGAACGAGUUCAGCGAGCGUCUGAACAAACAGAGGCUGCUCCCUGACAAGAUCGAGGGCAUUGAGGUACCACGGCCAUUUCCCCUUCUGUGGGUACCUGUCACGAGAGCAAGAGAAUUGCAGCCAGGAUACAAUUCGAGGACCGAUCUUGUGUAUCUCCUCUCGCGCUUCCCGCCUCCUCCGUGGGGUCCUAUCUUCGAGGAGUUGCGCCACAAGUGGCAGCGGGACGAAGCCGCCUACUGGGCCUGCCAGCAGGCGCAGAUGCAUGAGCAGCAGCUGGCGGCGGGUUGGCAACAGGGACCAUACGCUCAUCCACAGCAGGAUGAGAUGGGUGGCCCUGGUAGUCACAACGCGCAGAUGCACGCUCAAUACUCGGAGGCCAGGAACGCGGAGGAGACACUUGCUGCCGCGCAUCGAGCAGCGGAGAAACGGCGCCGAGAUGACAUGGCGAUGGAGAGGGGAGACAGCGGUGUCGAUGUGUUGACCAGGCACAAUGAGUCCGGGCUUGAAGAGACUUUGGCGUCCGACCCCAAUAUCGAUCCAGCUUUGCUCGAUAUGGGAUACGGGCGGUAG